AUGCGCAUAAUAAUAAGUACGCGCAACCGUCUCCGCUAGCAAACCCUAGCCAUCAGCCAUACUCCAUCCACUCCUCCCCGCCGCCGACGCAUCCGCAUCCGCAUACGCCGAUCCGAGCAAGCAUGGCAGGCAGCCGACGGGGCGGUGCCACGGGCGCCUUCACGGUUACCGGAAAGUUCAAGCCGGUGCCUGAAUACGCUUUAACCUUUGUCCGCGACUACGACAUCAAGGGCAUCGGGGCCAUGUUAGCUAAAGCUGCUCCUUGCUCGAUGGAGGAACGGAUCGAACUCUUCAGGAAGAAUGUGGAACAAUUCAAGAAGCCUAAUGCCUUUGGAACAUUCCCCAAUAAAGGCAUGUCCAAGGCCAAGGACGAGGAAGAGGAGGGCGAGGAGAGCGAUGUCGAGGGGGAGGAUGACGAGGUGGAUGCAGAUGCUGGCGAUGAUGUGUAUGAAGAUGAUGAGUACAGUGAAGUUGAAGAUGAUGAGUACAGUGAAGUUGAAGAUGACGAGGACGGUGAAGGAGUAGAUGAGGAGACACUGAAGCUUCAAGUCCCUAAUGAAGGUGGACGAGCUUGCAAGAAGCCAAGGUUGGCAGAAGGCUUUGGGUGCCAGACUGAGGCUGCAGUUUAGCCGGGUCCAGUGAUGAAACAACAAAAUGUGUUGUAACAGCGACUCUUGAGUAGAUGGUGUGAAAAAUGGCCACCAGUUCUCUCUCUCUCUCUCUCUCUCUUUAUAUAUAUAUAUAUAUAUAUAUAUAUAUAUAUAUAUAUAUAUAUAUAUA